AUGGCUGAUGACGAGAGUCUCGCGUCGGACUACCAGGUGCUGGAGGAACUAGGCCGCGGAAGUUUUGGAGUUGUUUACAAGGGAAUCGAUAAGAUUACCGGAGAGACUGUGGCCAUUAAACAUAUUGAUCUUGAGUCCAGCGAUGAUGAUAUUCAAGACAUUCAGGCCGAGAUUGCUGUCCUCAGCACCUGCGCCAGCCCCUACGUGACCCAAUACAAGGGUUCGUUUCUGCGAGGCCACAAGCUAUGGAUUAUCAUGGAGUACUUGGGUGGCGGAUCCUGUUUGGAUCUGUUAAAACCGGGAAACUUCACUGAGGCACACAUCGCCAUCAUCUGUCGCGAACUUCUCUAUGGAAUCCAAUAUCUGCAUAGCGAAGGCAAAAUCCAUCGUGAUAUCAAGGCGGCAAACGUCUUGCUGUCAGAUAAUGGCAAGGUGAAGCUGGCUGAUUUCGGUGUCGCCGCCCAGCUCACCAACAUCAAGUCUCAACGCAACACCUUUGUGGGCACUCCGUUCUGGAUGGCUCCUGAAGUAAUUCAACAAGAUGGCUACAGCUUCAAGGCCGACAUUUGGUCUUUGGGCAUUACUGCAAUGGAGAUGGCCAAUGGAGAACCUCCUCUCUGUCACAUCCACCCGAUGAAAGUGCUCUUCCAGAUCCCCAAAAACCCACCACCACGACUGGAAAAUCGCUUUAGCAAGGAAUUCCGGGAUUUCGUGGCCCAGUGCCUAACCAAAGAGUGUGGUCGUCGGCCCAGCGCUAAGGAGCUGCUUCGGCACAGAUUUAUUCGCUCGGCUGGUAAAAUCGAAGCUCUCCAAGAGCUAAUCAUGCAAAGGCAAAUGUGGGAUGCCAAUCAAAAUCGCCAAAAGCAUCCGAUUUACUAUCAAGAAACUCUUCAAACAAUCUCAACCAAAAGUGGCAACGAUGAAGCAUGGGUGUUUGAUACGGUGAAGUCCGUAGUCCCACCGAAGCGGCCAACUAUCAAGCAUCAUCGUAAAUCAUCGUCUGUACUCUCAGCUGCCGAGGAAGGAUUUCGCAAGUUGGACAUCAAUGAAGGCCCUCUGGGUUCUUCAUCACCUUCGUCACCAGCUGUUAGCACUAUCCGAAAGUCAACAGUCCGGCGUGCACCUUCCAUCAUGCAAGUUCCCGCGUCAUAUGCCAACGGCUCUCCCCGUGGCUCAAUCAUUGCUCCUAAACGACCUCUUCAGCCCGACAUGUCUUUUGGCAAUUCGGGAUCGACUAUGCGUCUGUUUCAAAGAGUUCCAUCAGAUGAACCGGCCGGUGCGCUCGUGGUCAGAUCCACGACCCCAGAUGAUGACGUCUUUGUCGACGAGAAUGUUCCCCCACCCGCGGCUACGCCGGUCGAGCCCAAUAGCAGAGAAGCUCUCUUGGGGCGAAGACUAUACUCUAAGGCAGUAGAGCCCACUCUUGCAGAGCUUCAUGCGCAGACUUCUACCAUGGCAAAGCGGGAGGCGCUGGCCAAGCUAUCCGAAGCCUUUGCAGCAUUGGACGCCGUCGAUCCGGAGGGAUCGUACCAUCUUAUGAACAACCUCAUCACAGCCAUGAGCCAGGAUAAUAAGUUGAACGCAUCAGGAACAGUGGUCGUCAAAACCUCGACUCCGUCACCGAGCCCUGCCAAAUUGGCGCUGAGCUCCUCCACAAACCCUAAUUUCAGGAGCCAUCGCCGACGCCAACUCGAGUCACCUGUAUCAAAGGAGAGCCUAAGAGAUCAGGACAAACAAGCUAUCGAAGACAAAUACCCUGGGCGGGAAACCCAGUCAGGUAUGGAGCACUGCAAGCAGUUGUCUGACGUGCUGUACAAUCGGUGGGCUGAUGGCCUGCGGAUCCGGUGGCCGGCUAUAUGA